CCAAAAAAGAAAACUACAAAGUAGAUUAUCACAAAAUAAUUAACAGGGAUGUGAGAAUAUGCAUGUGUACCAGUGUUUGUGACUUUGUUUCUCAGAGAGAGAGAGAGAGAGGAUGAACAUGAGCAUGAAGAUUUUACUUCCUUUUAUUGGAAUGGUGAUGGCGAUUAUGGCUCAGACUGGGAGUGUGGUAGUAAACAAAGCAGCGAUGUCCACAGGGACCAAUGCAUACAUCAUCGUCGUCUAUGCCAACGCGGUCGCCGCCCUCAUUCUUCUCCCUUCUGCUCUCAUCUUCCACAGAUCGGAGCGCCCUCCCCUUACAUUCUCCAUACUCUGCAGAAUCUUCUUGCUUGGCCUGUUUUGUUGUUCAGCACAAAUAUUUGGAAAUAUUGGCAUAGAAUACAGCUCUCCCACGCUUAGCACGGCCAUGCUUAACCUCAUCCCAGCUUUUCUUUCGUACUUGCCAUAAUUUUUAGGUACUAAUUUUCUUCCCCUUUUUCUUGAUAGUGAGAGAGUAAUAAUAUUUGUUUGAAUUUUGGGGGACCAGCACUAUAUAUAGUGCUUCUCAGUAAUUAUGUAAUUAAGUUCUUUUGAACUGAUGGCAAGUACUGUUACUGUACGACUAUGACUAAAGAUAUUAAACUCUCUUCAAAGUUGAUUUUCUUAUAAAAUCCAAUUAGAACGGGUGUAUCCAUCUAAACACAGGAGUUGGUGAUGAGAAAUACUGCUCAAGUACCUCCUUCUCGACUCCAAUUGGCUUGAAAAUUUUAUAAUAGAUUUCAUAUUCAAAACUAGAGUGUGGAAAAAGACUUAUUACUACAGCUUUUAUAGUAGUUAGUAAAGUACGGGACGAGAAAAAAAAUUGAAUAGAAAAAUAAUUAUGUGAAAACACGUAAGAACUUUAAUACGUAGUACAUUCAAUUUUAAUCAUGUACUUUUCUGCAUCAUUGAUAUAGAGAACAUAAAUUAUUUUUCAAAAAUGUGUAUGUGCGUCUAUAUUAUAAGCUUUUCUUAUAUAAAUAGGGUUUUUAUUACUUCGUUUUAGUUGAAACUUCAAAGGGUCAGCUGCCUGUAUGGGUAUGCACGCUCCAUUGUUACACUGAUUGGAAGAGAAAAUGAAAGUGAUGGAAUUAGAUUAACAUUUUAUGUUACGUAGAGGUAAUUAGCAUGCAUUGCUUCAAAUGAGUAUUUAGGAUGGAAACUGUAAACUGGAGAAGCUCAAGCAGCCAAGCAAAAGUUUUUGGAACCGUAAUGUCAAUCGGAGGAGCAUUUGUUGUAACAUUUUACAAAGGUCUACCGAUCAUACGGCUAUCUGCAUCACUUCCUAAUUCACUCUAUCAAAUCUUUUCCUCAUCAAGAUCAAACUGGAUCCUCGGAGGGCUUUUUCUUGCAGUUCACGCCUUCUCAAUUUCUUUAUGGUACAUUCUGCAGGCAACGGUCGUUAAGAAGUACCCCGCAAUUUUGCUAUCAGUCUUUUUCCAAUGCUUAUUCGCAACCAUUCAGUCUGCAAUAUUUGCUUUAAUUGCAGUUAGAGAUGCAAGUGCCUGGGAAAUAAGGCUGGAUGUGGGGUUGAUUGCUGUUUUAUACACUGGAAUUGUUGCGACGGUUCUUUAUUUCAGUGUAAUUGUCUGGUGUGUAGAAAAGGUUGGAGCUUUUUAUUGUUCUAUGUUUAAGCCUCUUGGCAUAAUUUUUGGUGUGAUCAUGGGUGCCAUAUUUUUGGGAGAUUCAUUCUACCUUGGAAGUUUGGUUGGUGCAGCCAUAAUCGUUACUGGAUUUUAUGCCAUGAUGUGGGGGAAGGCCACAGAAGAGAAGCUGAUCGAAAUAGAAUCACUGCACCAAAAUAAGCUCCCUUUGCUACAAAACGGGAUACAAGACAAGAGAAGCAGAAGUAUUGGUGCACAACUGUCCUAUGUAAACACACAUCUCAACUCCUGGUUCACAGGGUUAUCUCCACCUUAACCAUCUAGGUGAAAAGUCUAAUGAACUUUUCAUCAUAUAAAACUUAUGUGCAAUUAGGACAUAAACUUUUAACUUGUAAAGUGUAAAUUAUUAUGUCGCUCUUUUAAUCUAAGACUUACACAUCAUGACUUAUGCUA